AUGGCCCCUGCAAGGGUCGAGGCUUCCCGAAAGCGUGGCUUCGAGGACGUCGAGCAUGUGGGAUUUUACGACGCUCACCCCGUACCCAGUCACCCCUCAAUGCUCUAUGAGCUGCCAGCAUACGACCUUCAUGCAGCGCCGGCGCUGCCCCUGUACCCUGGACUAUACGACAAUCUUGCAUAUGCCGCCCAUCUCAGCUAUCAGUACGAGCUUCGCAACUUGCAGAUGCCAAUGACGACGAUUGACCCUAUUCCUGCUGCUUCGAUGCGCCUCAAGCGAGUCAAGCGCUCCAAUAGCUCCGGGCCAGACCUCCUGAGCCUUCCACAGGAGAUCCGCAACCAGGUGUACCGCGAGAUCCUCAUCGACCAUCACACCGCCCACUUUCUCCACCAUCACAGAGGCAUCAACUACCACAUCCACUAUCGCGGGAGAGGUCACGAGAGACCAGACGGCUUCCACAGGCGCGGCACUUCCCACGGUCAAGACCGCAGCUCGUUCGGUUUCCCGAUGUGGUUUCUUACAAGCAAGCAAAUUCUCGACGAAGCCUUGGAUGAGCUAUUCCACAACGCAAACGUCAAGGGCACGAUCAGCUUCAACAAACAACAAGGCGAAUGGCGAGAUGAGCUCGCAUUGAACAUCCUUCCUUACGUGCGAGACUUGACGAUAAGCACGAAGGGGACGAACGACCUGGAUAACACGCCUGGCGUGCUCUCAUUCACCGGUAACACCAGGAGGGCGCUCACCGAGAUCGCAGAGGGACUGAAGGAGAGUUCGAGGCUCCUGAAGUUGACCAUCGCGUUUCAACUCCGCCGGUCGUGGCACCAAUUCGCCAACACGAGGAGGGGGAAGAAGACCAAAGUGGAUCUUUCAGCGCUGAAAAAGUUUAAGAGCGCGCGACUUGAGGUCUUUGUGCUGCGCGUUGAAGAUUCCGAGACCAUGUUCGGGGCAGCGAAGGCGGCCAGGAGGACGGAAUUGACGGAUAAGAUGUGGGAUAUGAUUGGUGAGGAAGCAGAGAGGCUUGGAGUCACUAUUGUGGGAGAUGCAACUCGGUUCAGGGGAGAGGUUGACCGGUACGGCAGGUGGAACUUGAUGAGUGAGAGAAUUUCGGAGCGGUGA